AUGAAGCGGCUACUGGAGUGGAAGCAGCGCAUGCUGCAGUCGCCGCUGACGCGCAAGCCGGGCCCGGCCCCCGGCUCGCUGCCCACCUCCGCGUCGUCGUGCCGCGGCCUGGCUCGCGCCGGGGGCAGCGCCGCCGCCGCGGCCGCCGCGGGCGCCCGCCGCGCCUCGCACCUCGACGAGAGCGCCGCCGCGCGCAUGCGCAGUCGCUCGCACGACGGAAGGCGGCCCUCCGCGCCCGCCGCCGCCUCCCUGCCGCGCUACAACAGCUUCUCCUCCGACGACGAGGGACAACGAGAGGAAAGGAAGACACUCCCAGAAGAGAAUGGAUUCCUUACCGCAGACAAUAGUCAGAGACAGCGAGACAAAAAGAAACCUUUGCUGGAAGAGAACGGCUUCACGCCUGCAGAUACGAGCUACAGACAGCGAGACAACAAGAAACCUGUGAUAGAAGAGAACGGCUUCACCCCUGCAGACACAAGCACAAGCUACACAUCCGGUUCGGGGUCCGUGAUGGGCCGUGAGGUGGGCCCGCCCCCGCCACCGCCGCCGCGCGCCGCCUCCGCCAUGUCUCUGCACCUGCAGCCGCCCCCGGACAAGCCCGACCGCCAGGCCGGCGUCGCCGCACCAGAAGAAGCUGGGCUGCAUGUGUCAGCUGGUGAACUGCUGGGGAGGACUCACGAAGAACUUGUGUUGCUGCUCAUUCAACUGAGGCGUCAGAGUGCAGCUGUGUGCAAAGCUAUGGAAACAUGCCACAUGGAAAUCGAGGCUCAGGCAAGGUUUGUGGAGCUGGAAACACCUAAGAGGCUGGAGCAUUUAAAGAAGUUGGAGGAUUUAAAAAGGCAUCUGCUAGACCUUGAGAAACAGUACGAAAAGGGAAAGCCUCUCGUGAAUCUCGUCGAUAAUAUGGUAAAGCUCGGGUCACUGUAUAGAGGACCCAGUGCUAGGGAGAGACUGGAAUUUAAUCAGAAAGUCCAAGAGAAACGCCUAUUAGCAGAGGAGCGACGUGACUGGGACCGACUCAGUCCUGACCGAACUCAACUUCAGGCUAAAGUGCAGCAGUUAUAUCGCUUGGACCGGUUGCUGCAAGAGGAAUCCAGCACAUUGCAGAGUCUUCAACAGGAUAAGGAACUGCUAGAGAGAGCCCUAGCUGGUCUUCGGCACAAGCUUCAGAACAACAGUCAUUUCUCACCAGUUGAAGUGGAGCACUUCCGUAAGCAACAACGAGCACUGGAAAGAGAGCUGAGCCGUGUUCGCCUCUUACUUGCACACAAUUCCAAGAAACUUGAAGAAACAGUAGCAGAGAAUGCACGCCUGGAACAGGAGCUUGUAAUUUUACGCCAAAAACUGCAACAGCCAAUAACAGAACCAGGUGGUGGGACAGCUGCACUGGAGGCAGAGUUGAGAAGAGUGCAGAGGCUGGUGGGAGACCUCACAAGGCAACGCAAGCAGCUCAGCCUGCAAGUGCAGCAGCUGACCCAGCAAAGGCCUGGACCUGCAGGUGUCACUGGUAGCAGAGGAAGCAGCUCCACCCCCAGUAGAAAACGGCACCAUAGCACAUGGUUAGUGACAGACCUCGACACACUGGAGACACAAGACCUCGGCGUGGAAGCCGCUGUGAGCCCAGCAAGUAGCCAGGCAACAACAGCCACCUCACCAGGCUCAACACUGCGCUCACCAUUGUACACGUCCAGAGAAGCUGGUAGUGGAAUGGAAGUGGAAAAUGAGGUUCCCCCACCACUCCCUGCCCCUCCAGAGAUUCCACCUGAGUACCCACCUCCACCUCCGCCACCACCUCCACCAUCAGAAGAGGCUUUACUUGGUCCAGGAGAACAGUAUUGUCCACAUGUUGAUAUAAAUGAGGCUGAUGAUCGUAUGAAAAGAUUUUAUGGUAUCAUACCAAAAGAAAAACAACAAGAAAUAAAGACUGUAAGAAUUGUUAAACGUGAAUCAGAACGACGACAGAGGGACCGUGAUAGAAGUGGUAAUAUUGGUAUUCCUCUGACAAAUGGUGGAAUUACUACUGGUAAACGUGCUCCUGCAGCUGAUGGCUCUGAAACAGCCAACAGCAUAUCUGAGGCACAAGGAUUUCAGAAACAACAGCUGGGUCCAGUGGAGGAAGAAAUAGGUGAAACAUCUCGUCCAUUCAGCGAGACAUUGCUGUCGGCCUCAGUAGAUGAUGAUGAGGAAGACGAUGACCCAGCAAUAGAUCUCCAGUUUCAAAGAUCUUUGUCUCUGCCACGAGGUUUUGGCAAGAGAGAAAGACUGACAGGUGCACCCCCUCCACCACCUAUACGAUCUGCUUCUCCUAGAGGAGAUGGAAUGGGUACUGGUGCUAAUGGUAGACAACAGCGUGUCAGGUUCAAGGAUGGCGAGUACACCAGUGUGAGCAGCAGCCCUAGUCCAAGCCCAAGCCCUUCGCAGCUGUCACCGGUGUUCAAGAGCCAAGCUGCACGUGCCAUCGUGCAGGAAGUGUCCCAGUCACCACGCAAGAGGGCUGUUCCCAAAGAGAAGAGGCGUCAUCACACAGUCUCCAGCAGCAAGCCACUGCUUGAUAUGGAAGUGUCUGCAUCAAGAAUGGGAUCUGCACGGUCGCGAGAUGAUCUGGAUAUGGAACGAGCACUCCGCCCACGUAUUAAUGCACCUGAUGUUGUCAGGUCAACAAUGAGUCACAAGGACUUUAAAUACAAUGAAAACACCAUUGAUAGUAUACUUGGUACACCAAGCAAGAUUAUUAUCCCAGAACGCUACAUUCCUGAGCAGGCGCCUGAACUUUCUGCAGAAGAGCAGUUGCAUCGCCUUAAGAAGGCAGAAGCAAUUCGAAAGAUGCUUUCCGAAACAAGUGCAAUUAGUGCUUCUGAGGGCAUUGAGGAGGAACAUCAAACAGCAACACUGAAGAAAAAGGUUGCUGCAGAGAAACGACAACGGGAACAUCUUCUGCAACUGAAUCAGCUCCUAGCGCGGCAAGUCAUGGAGAAGAGUAAAGUUGUGGCAGUAAAAGCUCUUGCAACCCUGCCAUUAAAAACUGAGUCAAGUUUUGAUGAAGAUGACUUGUCUCCAGUCCAGCCUCUUCCGCUAUUUCAACAGCGAGAGAAUUAUUUCUCUUAGUGGAUGAUUAACAUUCCAUACUUUCAACAGAUACAGACUAUCUUUUUAUGUCUUCCUUAAACUGGCCCCACAAACAACUUGUCUGAUACAUAUUCAUCCUUUAGUGGUGGCCUUUCGUGUCGUGUUGUGAAAUAUACUGGGACAUUAUUCAUAAUUUAAUCACAAGGAAAUACAGUGGACAUUCCAUGAAUAUUUAACAAGUGCUUUUAAAGUGUGAAUAGUAGGUGCCACACCUAAAAAUGUAUAUGUGAGGCCAAAGAAACAUAAAGCAAGCAAGUGAGUCAGUGUUUUACUACUGUAUAAAUAUGGAGGAUAUUGAAUUUCUUCUCCUUACACAAAAGUACAGCUAAAUAUUUCCUUAAUGCAUUUGUUUUUGUUAUAUAGACCUGAUAUUUUCAUUUGUGUUGUGCAAUUUGCUGCAUAAAACAUUACUUUCUUUGAUUUUGUUGCCUAUUAACAAAUCCCAAAAUAAAGUGCCAAUGAUUUUCAUUAAUGAUAAGUAUAGGCAACAGCCAUGCAUCUGUAUGCCUCCAGCAAGUAGCCUAGUCGGCCAGUGACAGUUCCAGAAUUAUGUCUGUAUAUGGUUUAGAGUGUUAAACAGGGUUGAUUUAGAGUGUUAAACAGGGUUUUCAUGUAGGGAUAUAAAAACUGAGAGUUCUGAAAAUUUCAUGUACUAUAGAUCUGAGCACAUGAUGAAGUUCUCACAACAGGCUGUUAUGGUACAUUAGUUGUAUAUGAUAAAAAUGCACUUUUUAGAAAUACUUUUCAUUUAUAUUUGCUGUCAUAAAAUUUACUGACUAUGAUAGAAUUCUAAGUUAAUGACAAUUGCAAUUAUUACUCAGCAGUCAUAGCAAUAUUCAAUAAUAUUGUCUUUGCAGUUAAUGGCCAGUUUAUUCGGAAACUGUAAGAACCAGAAACUACUGAAGGUUAGACGUUAAAGAGACCUACAUUUAUUGAACUACCAGAGUGGCAGGUGCAAUUAACUGUUUUCUGCAGAUCAUAUAUUCUUGCUAUUCAAGAGUUGUUUAAGAGUGCAUCAUAGUAAUGACUUGUCAAAAACACUGAUUUUCAUUACCUAGGCCUCUCACAUUGGUCUGAACUGUUUCAUGUUAAAACUGUAACAAACCAACCAGUGUCUGACAGCAUCUUUCACACCAAAAACAAGUUAUGUACUUUCAAAGGUUCUUGCUAUUUUUGUUGUGACUUACAUCAAACUUUGGUUUCAAAUAUUAUUUCUUUUAAAGUAAAAUUCAAAGCCAAGAGCAUGUUUGCAAAAGUUUGUAUCAAGAAAGGAAAGUGUAGCAGACUUCAGUAUUUUGCUCCUCGGGUAAGGUUUCAGUCAGUUAGCUGAAUAUCUUCUCUCCUUAAAUUAAUUGUGCUACUUGAAACAAGAAGAGUAUUCUAUUUUUGUUAAAAAAAAGCCUGCAACAAUUUUUUUUUCUUUGUUACCACGUACCAGAUUGACAUUCAUGUCAUUCUAGAGGAUUAAACUGCAAGUAUUGAAAUUUUUAGCAUUGUCUUGUUUGUGGUCUAAUGUUAAGCAUCCAAAUACAAGAUAUCCUAUAACAUUAUUUAGAAAUAGAAAUUUUUGUGGUACACUAUUUGCAACAGUUGUUAUCCAUUUUCUAUGGUAACCUGACUUAUUCAGAGGUAAAAGAAUGUGAACAGAAAGUGUGGAAUAAAAGUUGAAACAAAUGCAGUAUUUGUGGGAACCUUUCAAAUUACAAAACUAAAUUUUGGAUGAAUUUGAAAUAGUAUCUGAGAGCUCUAUUUCAAUUGUUUGUUACAUAGUUUUAAAUUCAGUCUUUCAUUUAUAUGGAAAAAUAAGCAUUAUCAACAAGAGUGAAAGUCUGAUGACAGUUUUGAAAUAUAUAAUGUGUAUUGUGUGCUUAUAAGUAAAGACAAUUCAGGACAUUUGAAUAUCUUGCCAAACUUUUUAGUAUAUGCACCUGCCAGUCUCUGGUAAGUAAUGUUUAUACAUAAGGCUUUGUGAAACCUAUGAAUGGGGCAUUUAACAUGCAGGGUAUGGCUGGAUAGCAAUUAAAAUUGGCAGAAGAAAUUGAGAGAUUCAAUAUAAUUAUUACUUUUUCAUAUUCAUAAGUUAUAACCAUAAUGAAUAAUUUCUGUCACAUUCAUAAUUUUCCUACAUACAUUAUUGAUGGAAAAGUUGAUGAAGGUUUCCAAUUUGCAUUAAACUGAUAGCAUGAUUAUGAAAUAUAUAAAUGUAUAUUUUAGAACCAUUACAUAGGUCUAAAACAGCCUUAUUAUAGAAGAAGAUUGCUCAAUGAACAUAAUACUUCAACUGUGCUCAGAAAUUUGAUGAAAUUCAUAAAUGUCUUUGAUGAAAAUAUUGCAUAUGUACUGUUUGAGCCCAAAGAACAAAUGUUCUCUUACUUGUAGGAAGAACUGCUUCAGAAAACUCAACUCCAGUACAGUUUUGACUUUUUAAAUAUGCAUACUUGGUAAUUUUCUUAAGCCCUGAAACUGCUUCUCUCAUGUAGUUAACAAGUUAGUGUUUUCUUGGUUAAGAUUUCCUUUUAUUUACCUGUUUAUACUCUUCAAUCUGCUCAAAAUGUACAGCAUACUUAAUUAUUGUACAAUAACUUCCAUUAUAUAUUUAUACAUUUAUAUGCCCAAAGCUUUUAAGAAAUGUGUGAAAUAAAAAUGAGAGUAACUGGGUGGAAUGGCAUUAGAUAAUCCUGCAGCACAUACUACAGUAUUGAAAAAACAGUGCAAAUCGUGCGAGCUCACAAAGACCACAGUAACAUGGUCAGAUUCCUUUCGGCCUAUGGUACCGAAGAUACUUUUUGUAACUAACUACUAUGUUUGUUUAAGUGUUGUAUAAAUUAAUGUACUGUGCAUAUUACUGUAUUUAAAUUUUAUAUUAACUUGUUCAUAUAUAAAUAGAAGUAAAAUAAAUUUGUUAAUAAUUCCAUAACCAUAUAUGAAAUGAGGAAUACAUAGAUUUUCUCUUACUGUUUUUAAAUUUCCUCUGUAUGUGUGCAUGUAUAUGUAAAUAUAGAUAUACAUAUAUAUUUUUUAUAGACUAGACUUUCUGUUUGUGAAAUGAUUUAUGAGCAGUUAAAGCUGACUAAUCACUGAUACUCUUGUUCUCCAGAAUUUUAUGCAUGAGAGACAUUAAAAUUGUUAAUAAACAAGUCUCAGAUAGCCACUGCUGACAGUUACUGUAAUUUCCAUGUGUUAUUGAUAGAAAAAUGAAAUGGAGAGAAUAUUUUUUCAUUAAAACACAAAAAUUUUCCACAA